CAGGGACCGACGCAAACGUCCAUGGCGGCGGCAUUGCACUGGGAAGAGUACGCAAAGCUGCGCAUUCCGCUGUCCAAACGGCUCAAGGAACAUGCGACAGAUGACAAGUCACUUGCGGAGCUGGAAACGUUAGCGGAGAAUGUGCUGGACAGAAUGGACGCGAUCCCUCGUGAUCACCUUGACAACCCAGAAUGCUACGACGACCUGCGGAUGAUGCACAGAGAAGAAUUGGGUAGCAUUCGUGCCGAGCGCCGGCGCAGCGGAUGUCCUAGCCCAUUGACGCAACCCAUGGACUUCACGUUUGACUUCGCCCAGAUCACAUGGAAUUCAUGCAAUCAAGCCAACGCUGUUACAAUCGACGAUGUCAAAACAGCAUGUCCCGAACUCUUCGUGAAGACAACACGACAACUCACCCAGCGGGUUCAACGAAUGACUGUGUCGUCGGCAGCUCGGCAUCCGGUGCAGCAGUACUCAUCAAUUGCUGAAAGAACUCCAGUUGCGCAGCCAUCUCCUCCAUCCGCCGCCCCACGUCCAUCCAUGCGCGCCUUUCUCCCCAAGAAGUAUGACCUGCCAAACCCGUCGGUGGCGAAACAUGACUUGCCUUCCCACGAUAUGGACGAUGCCGCCGACGACAGCGAUCGAUUCCAUUCCAUGAAGCAACCUUCUCGUGGCCGACCCCAGCAGCAGCAUCGGAAUGCCAAUCCGUUUCAAACGGCGGGUGAAAAGCUCGAAAUUGACAAGAAAUCUGGCCAACACAAAGACAGUCAUCGAGGGGCAACUGUGGGCAAAGCUCAACCGAACCGAAGCCACUCGUACCACCCCAUCAACCCAAACGUCCUGAUGCAAAAAAAGCAAAACUCACCCCCGCGAAUUCACAAACCAUUCAACCCUCCAGACGGAUCAUCUGCUGGUCGAAAGCCCCAUGAUUCUGAGCCACCUCCUGCUGCAGACGACCCAGCCGACGACGUGGACCCGCGCCUCAAAAGCUGUGAUCCAGAGUUGAUUUCCAAGAUCGAGAUGGAGAUUGUGGAUGCGGGCGAUCCCGUCUCGUUCGACGAUAUUGCUGGGUUGAGCUUUGCCAAAAAGUGCGUCAAUGAAUUGGUGAUUUGGCCCAUGGCGCGCCCAGAUAUCUUUACGGGGCUUCGCAGCCUUCCCAAAGGACUGCUACUCUUUGGCCCGCCUGGAACGGGAAAGACGCUGAUUGGGAAGGCGAUCGCAACCCAGUCCGGCGCCACGUUUUUCAGCAUCUCGGCCAGUUCCUUGACCAGCAAAUGGAUUGGAGAAGGCGAGAAAUUAGUGCGGACGUUGUUUGCCGUCGCUGCUGUGAAACAGCCGUCUGUGAUUUUUAUCGACGAAAUUGACUCGCUCUUGAGUCAACGAAGUUCCACUGAAAACGAAGCGUCAAGACGGAUGAAGACCGAGUUCUUGGUGCAGUUGGACGGCGCAGGCACCAAGUCCAAGGACAUUAUAUUGGUUGUGGGAGCAACGAAUCGACCGCAAGAGCUCGACGAAGCCGCGAGACGCCGCUUUGUCAAGCGGCUGUACAUUCCGCUGCCCUCGGCCGAAGCGCGGCUGGAUCUCAUGAAUCGGCUGCUGGCCAAGAACCAGCACGACCUCACCGAUGCUGACAAGUCGCACAUUGUCCAGCGCAGCAAAGGCUUUUCCGGGGCGGAUGUACGGUCGUUGUGCACGGAAGCAGGUGCGAUUGUGUUGCUUGUACAAGUGUGACCCCGUUGGAAUGUCAUCUUUGGUUGGAUGGGGUAGCAAUGGGGCCCAUCCGGAAUUGCGUCGACAUUCAGACGAUGCAAGCCGACGACGUUCGCCCCAUUUCCCGACGAGACUUCGACGAGGCGCUGCGAGGGACGCGAUCGAGUGUAUCCGUCAAGGACUUGCAGUUUUACAUGGAGUGGAAUGCCGAGUUUGGAAGCUACCAAAUCGACACCACCGAAAUGGACGACGACGAUACUGGCAUUUGAGCAAGUUUCUGGCUCACGUUAACGUUGUUUUUCAUGCAAUGUGGCGCUUUAUGUCCAAGUAGAUGGCAUGUAUCAUCAUCGAGACUGUGUAAUGUGGAGCAACAUGGCAGUGGCAUGUUAAUACCGUAGGCGUUUGCACUCAAGAAUACACUGGCAUCUCUGGAUAGUAAGGAGCAAUUACUACUGUACGUUCUAGUAGUACUAUUA